CCACAGCACACAGCUUGGUCUACGUGAAAAUGUAGAACCAGACAUCUUACAAGCAGGAUGCUCAGGUGAUGAUGCCAGAGCCAGGUAAACUAUGGUUGUUAGCCAGGUAAAUGAUGGUUGUCGUCAGCACGUGGUGUUGUGUCUCUCUGUGUUUAAAAACAAUAACAUUGGUCCCAUUGCAGCUUAUUGCAUGUGUAAAAUGUAUUGUUGUCAACUUUUUUUCAAGAUGUGUGGUCCUUUGUGGACUGUUUAUUUAGCCUAGCUGUUUAUUGACCUUUUUCAAUAAACUAAUUUCCCCUCCAACUACAUGUUGUUUCUUAAAAACCUAUUUGCCUAGCUACCGUUGCUAACCAUGAUUUAUUUAUUUACCAUGAUUCACUCUGAAUAACUCAGGAAUGUCUCUCCUUCCUGUACUUUGUAAGUAGGCUAUCAGCCAAGUUUAACGUUUUUUAAUCUCCUUGGCAAUUAGAUCAUGGAUCGGCAGGCUAUAAUUAAAUACCCAGUGCCACAUAGGCUUAGCCUAAUUUUACUGCUUAUGUCUGAGUUUGGGUUAUCAGCUCCUAUGCCUUAUUAUGCAUUAUGUCUUGUCUAUUCUGUUCUAGUGUUGAGUACACUGGUGGCCUAUCCAUCAUCAGAGGUUCUACUGAUGCCCACUCUGACUGUGGAGCCUUCAGGACGACAGGUGUACACUGAGGACACAGUCUCCUUGGCGUGUCAGUUACCUGGCCACUCUGGGCUGGGCUGGCAGUUCUACUGGCACAAAGACAGGCAGGACACUGGCCCUGUGGAGCAGAUGUGGGGCAGUGGUGGAGGUGGGGCGGUCUACCAACUGUGGCGUGCCUCUGUCACACACACAGGCCAGUACUGGUGCAGAGCAGGGAGAGGACAGCCAGUCUUCUACACCCAAUACAGCCAGGCAGUCUCUGUUAAUGUCAUUGAGCUCUUCACAUCAGUGACUUUGUCAGCAUCUCCUUCGACCGUGGUCAAAGAGGGCAGGGCUUUCAACCUCACCUGUGAGGCCCAGCUUAGCAACUGCAAACUGAGCCAACAUCAUGGUAACCACAGUCUACAUAGUCACCCUGAUCCUGACUAUAACUGGACCACAGUGGUUGUAACAUUCUCCUUCCUGAGGGACAGCUGGCCAGUGGCCAGGGACUCUGUCAGUGGGAUGUACAGCGUAGCGAGGGCUUCUAGCUGUCACAUGGGGACCUACAGCUGUGUGGCCAGAGCAGGCAGGGCCAGGAGGAGCAGUCAGGAGAUCAGCAUCACACUAGACAACCUGUCUCUGAUACUGGUCACCUGCUUUGGCACCUUCUUGAUCCUCUCCGUGGCUCCAUUGGCAUUUUUUGUGAGACUAUACGCGAUGAGACUGUGGCAGCUCAGAGGCAGAGGACAAGGAGAAUUGCAGUGCAAUGAGUGCAGUACAAUACAGGGACCAAAAUGAGAGGGAGGACAGGUGAGACGUGCUGUGAGAACUCAUGUAAUUCACAUGGCUGUAUUAGUGCACAGGUGUAGGAUCUUAAUUUGAUCACCCUGUUGCAUGUUUUUUACUCAAAAGAUUAAAACAGAUGUUUUAUUGUAAUCUUGCAGAUGUAUCUGGACCCAGAUGACUUGAGAAACGUUCUAUCAUUUAUUACAAAAUUGGAGAGUAGAAUAAUAAACAUAUAAUUAUUUGGAGAAUUUUAACCAAAGAAUGUUUUUGAUUUAUUUUCACCACAAUGUGGCACUCAAAUAAUACAUUGAUUCGACACUGCAACAUGCUUGUAUUGUCAAAUAGAGCCAACUCUUUUCUCAUAACAGGUUCCAUAUUUUUUAAAGAAAUAACUGCCCACCACCAGUUGAUUAAAAGUGAGUGUGAGUGAAUCUCAACAGUGUAAGGCAAGCUAUAAUAUGUUUGCCCUUAUGUUCCAUUUAUUGGUGAAUUGUUAGACUUAAAGGGUUGUAUGAUGAAUGAGCCAAGAUCUGAGAAUUGCAUUCUGUCUCAAUAUAAAUUCACAAAAAAAGAAACGUCCCUUUUUCAGGACCCAAAGAUAAUUCAAAGAUAAUUUCAAAGAUAAUUCUUAAAAAUCCAAAUAACUUCACAGAUCUUCAUUAUAAAGGGUUUAAACACUGUUUCCCAUGCUUGUUCAAUGAACCAUAAACAAUUCAUGAACAUGCACCUGUGGAACAGUUGUUAAGACACUAACAGCUUACAGACGGUAGGCAAUUAAGUUCACAGUUAGAAAACGUAGGACACUAAAGAGGCCUUUCUACUGACUCUGAAAAACACCAAAAGAAAGAUGCCCAGAGUCCCUGCUCAUCUUGCAGCAUGCCUAAGGCAAGUUUCCGGCAGGAGGCAUGAGGACUGCAGAUGUGGCCAGGGCAAUAAAUUGCAAUGUCCGUACUGUGAGACGCCUAAGAGCGCUACACAGAGACAGGACAGACAGCUGAUCGUCCUCACAAUGGCAGACCACGUGUAACAACACCUACACAUGAUCGGUACAUCCAAACAUCACACCUGCGGUACAGGAUGGCAACAACAACUGCCCGAGUUACACCAGGAACGCACAAUCCCUCCAUCAGUGCUCAGACUGUUCGCAAUAGGCGGAGAGAGGCUGGACUGAGGGCUUGUAGGCCUGAUGUAAGGCAGGUCCUCACCAGACAUCACCGGCAACAACGUAUCCUAUGGGCACAAACUCACCAUCGCUGGACCAGACAGGACUGGCAAAAAGUGCUCUUCACUGACGAGUCACGGUUUUGUCUCACCAGGAGUGAUGGUCGGAUCCGUGUUUAUCGUCGAAGGAAUGAGCGUUACACCGAGGCCUGUACUCUGGCGCGGGAUCGAUUUGGAAGUGGAGGGUCCAUCGUGGUCUGGGGCGGUGUGUCACAGCAUCAUCGGACUGAGCUUGUUGUCAUUGCAGGCAAUCUUAACGCUGUGCUUUACAGGGAAAACAUCCUCCUCCCUCAUGUGGUACCCUUCCUGCAGGCUCAUCCUGGCGUGACCCUCCAGCAUGACAAUUUCACCAGCCAUACUGCUCGUUCUGUGCGUGAUUUCCUGCAAGACAGGAAUGUCACUGUUCUGCCAUGACCAGCAAAGAGCCCGGAUCUCAAUCCCAUUGAGCACGUCUGCGACCUGUUGGAUCGGAGGGUGAGGGCUACUGCCAGGGCCAGGGCCAUUCCCCCCAGAAAUGUCCGGGAAAUUGCAGGUGCCUUGGUGGAAGAGUGGGGUAACAUCUCACAGCAAGAACUGGCAAAUCUGGUGCAGUCCAUGAGGAGGAGAUGCACUGCAGUACUUAGUAUCUGGUGUGGCCACCAGCUGCAUUGACUGUUACUUUUGAUUUUGACCACCCCCCCCUUUGUUCAGGGACACAUUAUUCCAUUUCUGUUAGUCACAUGUCUGUGGAACUUGUUCAUUUUAUGUCUCAAUUGUUGAAUCUUGUUAUGUUCAUACAAAUAUGUACACAUGUUAAGUUUGCUGAAAAUAAACGCAGUUGACAGUGAGAGGACGUUUCUUUUUUUGCUGAGUUUAUUUUGAAUUGUAAGUUCGGGAAUGGGGUUCAGAUGAGCUAAGUGUCAAUAGGUCAGAGGUCAGGGGAGCUUUGAUGCCCAACUUAACAAGGGAGGACUGUUUAUGGGCAGAGACAUGGAAAGAGUGAGAGACGGCAGAAUACACUGCUUUGACAUUUUAAAAAAAAUUGACACUUGUCCUUCGAUAUUACAAUGACAGAAGAAGUUAGUGCAAACAACAAACACUCCCUCCCCGAUAGAAGAGCACUAAUAUGUACAGAUCUUCUUUUUUUUUUUUACCAUGCUGCGCGAUCCUCCUCAGCUCAGCAACAAAACAAUAACAGCUGUGGUGGGGGGGGCCAGUGGCGCUGUUUGCCCCUACUGCGGAUUCCAUCUUUAAGGCUCUCCUGGAGGAUGGUUGCCCACCCUUCAUAGCCUAUAAAAUAUUGCAGCAUUAGGCCUAUAAUUACAACAAAUACUUUAUAUUUCUUUAUAAAAUAAUUUCCUCAUUCAAUGAAUCAGGGAUCAAAUGGAUUUAUUAGGCUAAUUCAAAGCAAGGUAACUAACUAAGGCGUGUUUAUAACCUUGUAAGGCAAAAAUAUUCUGGUUUCAGUGGAGAUCUAUUGACAGCAUAGGAGAUAUUUGUCAACUAGGCUAUUCCAAUAAUAUAUUUUAAAGUUGUUAGAAUGACAUAGCCAAUGUUGAACAGAGGGGAAUUCCAGCUUUCCACACAGAUUUAUUUUUCAGCUCCCAAUAUUCAGCGCUGUAGAGACGGUUGGUCUCUACAGGAGUAUGUGGCAUUGGUUUAUUAAAGAUGGAAUCUGCAGUAGGGGAAAACGGCUCCAAUGGCCGCCCUUCCACCGUUGGUAUAAUUUUUGUUGAUAAGCUGAGGAGCGUCACACAGCAUGUUACAUUUUUUGGACGGAUUCCAGCUUUAAGGCACCAGUUCAUCAACUGCUUGUCAGUCAUUUGCAGUUUGAGUACCGGUGACAUUAAUACAUGAUAACGUUAAAUAGAUAACUGCCAAGAUAACUAGCCAGGCUACACGAUAUGUAGUUAGUUGUUAUGUAGUUAUCUAAUUGUAACAUGCUGUGUGACGCUCCUACUUGCACAUGAUCAUCUGAUGAUUUAUCACUCCAGUGUUAAUCUGCUAAAUUGUAAUUAUUCGCUCCUAUGGCCUAUUUAUUGCCUACCUCCUCAUGCCUUUUGCACACAAUGUAUAUAGACUAAUUUUUUUUUUUUUUUUUUACUUUUUUUCCUACUGUGUUAUUGACUUGUUUAUUGUUACUCCAUGUGUAACUCUGUGUUGUUGUCUGUUCACACUGCUAUGCUUUAUCUUGGCCAUGUCGCAGUUGUAAAUGAGAACUUGUUCUCAACUAGCCUACCUG